CUUAUUUUAAAAGCCAAUAGGUUCCAGGACCAAACUCCAAGUGUAUUUACAAACAACAAGAUGAAUAAUCCCCUUAACAUAACAAACUGCCUAAAAUUUCUAAUAAAAAGUCAGCUAUAACUCAAAUUCCGCGCAUUGUUUUUUUUUUAAAUUCCGUAAAACAAAGAAUCAAAGAAAUAUAUCGAACACCAUUACAAUAAAAUCACUAAUAAAAUUUGCAGUAAAAAUACAAAGCAAUUGAUAUGUUCACAGCCUGAAUUUAAAAAAAUCAAAAUCCAAGAUGUUCAUGUACUUUAUACCAUUAUUCAAAAAUGCGAUGAUAUACGGUGAAAACAUAUUGUACUUUUACACGUUGUGCAUCAUAUUGACUUUUAUCAUCAUCGUACUCUGCUGGAAAUUUGAUGUGAAGCAGAAAGAAAAGUUUUGCAAGAGAGAAAAACAACAGAAGAAGUGCAACGAGGAGGUUGAACAUAAUAGCAGCGGAAUGGAAAGUGCAUCGGGGCUGAUGAGCAGUAAAACACAGAUUGAAAAAAUUUCUCUAAAUCAGUAUCAAAUCUACAUGGAACAAGAAAAAAAAGUUGAAAAGGAACAACUUAAGAAUAUAUUCAAGAUCAUUCAACAGGACAAGGAUAAGUUCCAAAUUGAGUCAUUGCAAGAAUUAGAAGAACAAAUGAAACUUUAUAGAGAGUGAUUUUAUCUAUUUAUCUACGGUACCAUCAGAAGUACUUUAAACAAAAAACUUCAUCUUUAAAAUGGAAUUUGAAUAGAUUUCUUAUACAAAAGUCUUCCGCUGACAGGAGCCUGAAAAAAAUUUUUAAACAAAUUGUUCGUGUCAAAAACUGACGAAAUUCCUAGAUGAAAGAAUUUAAAUGACAGCAAUACAAAAAUAAAUAAUAUAAACUAUCCUGUAAGGCCAGUGUAUCAUUAGUAAUGUAUAAUAUAUUUAUGUACUGUUAUGUAUUUGUUUCAUAAUGUAUAAAAACAAUUUUAUUUGUACGCAUUUGCUUGUUCAACUAUAAUGACAAAUAAAACACAAUGAAAGCAUUGCAUUUUAAAUAAA